UAGAUCUCUCUCGCUCUCUCUCUCCUAGCUAAUUCCAUUUUCGCUUUCAUAUGUUAGUCCAAAGUUUGGAAAUACAAUUUACGUCAGUCUCUUUUUCUCUCUCUUCUUUGAACCCUCUCUUUAUUUCUCUCUCUAGAUCGCUCUCACUAUCUGGCUCGAUAUCACUGAGGGGGUUCGAGGGUUUCUUCGCUGCCUCAGAUCUCGCAGCGUUUGGAAUCCCCCAAAUCGGCCACUUCGACUCUUCUUACGUCGUCGUCUGACUUUCAGUCGGCGAUUCUUUCUUUCUUUCACAGAUCCGGAGUUCUGAUCUAGUAGUUUCGAUCUCGCCACCAUGGCGGCUGCCGCUAAUGCUCCGAUCACUAUGAAAGAGGCCCUGACGUUGCCGAGCAUAGGAAUCAAUUCGCAAUUUAUCACUUUUACCAAUGUUACAAUGGAAUCCGACAAGUAUAUAUGUGUUCGGGAGACUGCACCGCAGAACAGUGUCGUAAUUGUGGAUAUGAGCAUGCCAAUGCAGCCUUUGAGGAGGCCAAUUACUGCAGACUCCGCCCUCAUGAAUCCCAAUUCCAGAAUUCUGGCCCUCAAAGCUCAACUUCCUGGGACUACUCAGGAUCACCUACAGAUAUUUAACAUUGAGUUGAAGGCAAAGAUGAAAUCACAUCAGAUGCCUGAGCAGGUCGUCUUUUGGAAAUGGAUAACCUCGAAAAUGCUGGGCUUGGUCACGCAAACCUCGGUUUAUCAUUGGUCAAUUGAAGGUGAUUCUGAACCUGUGAAGAUGUUUGAUAGAACAGCUAAUUUAGCAAAUAAUCAGAUAAUUAAUUAUCGAUGUGAUCCUACGGAAAAAUGGUUGGUUUUGGUCGGAAUUGCUCCUGGUUCACCAGAGAGACCCCAACUAGUCAAAGGAAAUAUGCAACUGUUUUCUGUGGAUCAGCAGCGCAGUCAAGCUCUUGAAGCACAUGCUGCAGCAUUUGCCACGUUCAAAGUUCCAGGGAAUGAGAAGGAUUCUAUUCUUAUUUCUUUUGCAACGAAAACCUCGAAUGCUGGACAAAUCACGUCAAAAUUGCAUGUUAUAGAGCUUGGUGCCCAGCCAGGAAAACCUUCUUUUACGAAGAAACAAGCAGAUCUUUUCUUUCCUCCAGAUUUUGCUGAUGAUUUUCCAGUUGCCAUGCAGAUAUCCCAUAAAUAUAGUUUGAUCUAUGUGAUCACCAAGCUUGGACUUCUAUUUGUGUAUGAUCUGGAAACGGCUACUGCAGUAUACAGAAAUAGGAUUAGUCCAGAUCCCAUUUUCUUGACGGCAGAAGCUUCUUCAGUGGGGGGUUUCUAUGCCAUCAAUAGGCGAGGCCAGGUGUUGCUUGCCACUGUGAACGAAGCAACACUUGUGCCUUUUGUCAGCGGCCAAUUGAAUAAUCUGGAGCUUGCUGUCAAUCUCGCAAAAAGAGGAAACCUACCUGGUGCAGAGAAUUUGGUUGUCCAGCGUUUCCAGGAGUUGUUUGCUCAAACCAAGUAUAAGGAGGCUGCUGAACUUGCUGCAGAGUCUCCACAAGGCAUUCUCCGUACACCUGACACUGUUGCCAAAUUUCAGAGUGUUCCUGUUCAAGCUGGGCAAACGCCACCUUUGUUGCAGUACUUUGGAACACUUCUAACCAGAGGAAAGCUUAAUGCCUUUGAGUCGUUAGAACUAUCCCGCCUCGUUGUGAACCAGAACAAGAAGAAUCUUUUGGAGAACUGGUUGGCUGAGGACAAGUUGGAAUGUAGUGAGGAACUUGGAGACCUUGUGAAGACCGUGGACAAUGACCUUGCAUUGAAAAUAUAUAUUAAAGCCAGAGCAACUCCAAAAGUUGUUGCAGCUUUUGCGGAGCGAAGGGAGUUCGACAAAAUUUUGAUAUACUCAAAGCAGGUUGGAUAUACUCCUGAUUAUUUGUUCCUUUUGCAAACAAUUCUUCGAUCAGAUCCUCAGGGAGCUGUUAAUUUUGCCCUCAUGAUGUCCCAAAUGGAGGGAGGUUGUCCAGUUGAUUACAACACGAUAACAGAUCUCUUUCUUCAGAGGAACUUGAUCCGUGAGGCGACAGCAUUUUUGUUGGAUGUUCUGAAGCCUAAUCUGCCAGAACAUGCUUUCCUGCAAACUAAGGUCCUGGAAAUCAAUCUUGUAACUUUUCCUAAUGUUGCUGAUGCCAUAUUAGCUAAUGGAAUGUUUAGUCACUAUGACCGUCCUCGCAUUGCUCAGCUUUGUGAAAAAGCUGGUCUUUAUGUGCGAGCUCUGCAGCACUACACUGAAUUGCCAGAUAUCAAACGUGUCAUUGUGAACACACAUGCAAUUGAGCCACAGUCUCUUGUGGAAUUUUUUGGGACUCUAUCACGGGAAUGGGCACUGGAGUGCAUGAAGGACCUGCUACUGGUCAAUCUCCGAGGCAAUCUUCAGAUAAUUGUACAGGUCGCCAAAGAAUACUGUGAGCAGAUGGGUGUUGAUGCCUGCAUAAAACUCUUUGAGCAAUUUAAGUCCUAUGAAGGGUUAUACUUCUUCUUGGGGUCGUAUUUGAGCUCCAGUGAGGAUCCUGAUAUCCACUUUAAGUACAUUGAGGCAGCUGCCAAGACUGGGCAGAUCAAGGAGGUUGAGCGUGUGACAAGAGAAUCAAAUUUCUAUGACCCUGAAAAGACAAAGAACUUCUUGAUGGAAGCCAAGCUUCCGGAUGCACGUCCACUAAUUAAUGUGUGCGACCGCUUUGGUUUUGUUCCAGAUCUCACACACUACCUAUAUUCGAGCAACAUGCUCCGAUAUAUUGAGGGUUAUGUUCAAAAGGUUAACCCAGGAAAUGCUCCCUUAGUAGUAGGGCAGCUGCUAGACGACGAGUGUCCUGAAGAUUUCAUUAAAGGCCUGAUUCUGUCUGUCCGUUCUCUACUUCCAGUUGAGCCUCUUGUGGAGGAGUGUGAGAAAAGGAACCGUCUCCGAUUACUUACUCAAUUUUUGGAGCAUCUUGUUAGUGAGGGAAGUCAAGAUGUGCACGUUCACAAUGCUCUGGGUAAAAUCAUAAUAGAUAGCAACAACAAUCCAGAGCAUUUCCUGACUACCAACCCAUAUUAUGAUUCACGUGUUGUGGGUAAAUAUUGUGAGAAGCGUGAUCCCACCCUUGCUGUUGUUGCGUACCGCAGAGGGCAAUGUGAUGAUGAACUCAUUAAUGUCACGAAUAAGAACUCUUUAUUCAAACUGCAGGCCAGGUAUGUAGUUGAAAGGAUGGACGGUGAUCUCUGGGAGAAUGUCCUUAACCCUGAAAAUGAAUAUAGAAGGCAGCUCAUUGAUCAAGUUGUAUCUACUGCUUUGCCUGAAAGCAAGAGCCCAGAACAAGUUUCUGCGGCUGUUAAAGCUUUCAUGACUGCUGAUCUUCCACAUGAGCUUAUCGAGCUUCUUGAAAAGAUUGUGCUUCAAAACUCUGCAUUCAGUGGGAACUUCAAUCUGCAAAAUUUGCUUAUCUUGACUGCUAUCAAGGCAGAUCCAUCCAGAGUUAUGGAUUACAUUAAUAGGCUAGAUAACUUUGAUGGACCUGCAGUUGGUGAAGUAGCUGUGGAAGCCCAACUGUAUGAAGAAGCUUUUGCAAUUUUCAAGAAGUUCAAUUUGAACGUACAGGCUGUCAAUGUCUUACUGGAUAAUAUCCAAGACAUCAACCGGGCUGUGGAAUUUGCAUUCCGUGUCGAAGAAGAUGCUGUUUGGAGUCAGGUGGCUAAAGCUCAACUCAGGGAAGGAUUAGUUAGUGAUGCCAUCGAGUCAUUUAUUCGUGCAGAUGAUGCCACACAAUUUUUAGAUGUUAUUCGUGCUGCUGAGGAUGCAGAUGUUUACCAGGACUUGGUGAGGUACCUUCUGAUGGUUAGACAGAAGGCUAAGGAGCCUAAAGUGGACAGUGAGCUCAUCUAUGCAUAUGCAAAGAUUGAUAGGCUAGGUGACAUUGAAGAAUUCAUUCUCAUGCCAAAUGUUGCAAAUCUCCCCAGUGUUGGUGAUCGCUUGUAUGAUGAAGCUCUAUAUGAGGCUGCAAAGAUUAUUUUUGCUUUUAUUUCCAACUGGGCCAAGUUGGCAAUCACACUUGUAAAGCUGAAACAGUUUCAAGGUGCUGUUGAUGCAGCACGAAAAGCUAAUAGCUCAAGGACGUGGAAAGAAGUAUGCUUUGCUUGCGUCGAUGCUGAGGAGUUCCGGUUGGCUCAGAUAUGUGGGCUCAACAUCAUUGUGCAGGUGGAUGACCUGGAAGAGGUCAGUGAAUAUUACCAAAACAGGGGAUGCUUCAAUGAACUCAUAUCCCUUAUGGAGAGUGGUUUAGGUUUGGAACGUGCACACAUGGGCAUCUUUACCGAGUUGGGUGUCCUUUAUGCUAGAUAUCGUCAUGAGAAGCUUAUGGAGCAUAUCAAACUAUUUUCAACCCGUCUCAACAUCCCAAAGCUUAUCCGAGCUUGUGAUGAACAACAGCACUGGAUGGAGCUCACCUUUUUGUAUAUCCAAUAUGAUGAAUUUGAUAAUGCUGCCACUACUGUCAUGAAUCAUUCACCAGAUGCGUGGGAUCACAUGCAGUUUAAGGAUAUUGUUGUUAAAGUAGCUAAUGUGGAGCUAUAUUACAAGGCUGUCCAUUUCUACUUGCAAGAGCAUCCAGAUCUUAUCAAUGAUCUUCUCAAUGUCCUUGCACUUCGAGUGGACCAUACACGAGUAGUCGACAUAAUGCGGAAGGCGGGUCAUUUGCGUCUUGUGAAGCCAUACAUGAUUGCAGUUCAGAGCAACAAUGUGACUGCUGUAAAUGAGGCUCUGAACGAGAUCUAUGUUGAGGAGGAGGACUAUGACAGGCUGCGUGAAUCGAUUGAUUUACAUGAUAGCUUUGAUCAGAUUGGCCUUGCACAGAAGAUUGAGAAACACGAGCUUCUUGAGAUGAGACGUGUUGCUGCUUAUAUCUACAAGAAAGCAGGUAGAUGGAAGCAGUCCAUCGCAUUGUCGAAGAAAGACAACCUGUACAAAGAUGCCAUGGAGACAGCCUCACAAUCUGGAGAUCGUGAACUUGCUGAGGAGUUGCUUGUUUAUUUCAUUGAACAGGGGAAGAAAGAGUGCUUUGCAUCUUGCCUCUUUGUUUGUUAUGAUUUGAUUCGUCCGGAUGUUGCUCUUGAGCUUGCCUGGAUAAACAACAUGAUUGACUUUGCCUUCCCAUAUCUGUUACAGUUUAUCCGUGAGUACACGGGUAAAGUAGAUGAACUAAUCAAGGACAAGAUAGAGGCUCUCAGCGAAGAGAAGGCUAAAGAGAACGAAGAGAAGGAUAUAAUUAAACAGCAGAACAUGUAUGCUCAGUUGCUGCCUCUUGCUUUGCCUGCACCACCAAUGCCGGGAAUGGGAGGAGCAGGUAUGGGAGGUUAUGCUCCACCACCCAUGGGCGGAAUGGGGAUGCCUCCAAUGCCACCUUUUGGCAUGCCAUCAAUGGGCUCCUAUUGAUUUGUGUAUGGUAGCUUGACAGCCACACCAAAUAGUUUUGUUGCUACACGAAGGAAGGGAAACUGACAGUUUGGGUUUUCAAUUUGGUGUUUCAAAAUUCAAAGGGUUGUGUCCUUAUUUCCCACUCCGUGGUUGUUUGAUGGGAUAAAGUGAAUGUCUGGGUAAGAAAUAAUGUCAUUUUUAUGUUGUCUUUUAUAGGGGGUGUGGAUAAAUUUCUUUGUAAUAUUCUUUUGGUAGAAGAGGGCAUUUUUUGCAGCUGGUAGUAGGUGUUGAGCUGAGGACAAUCUGUAUUUGUAUUGAAAGCAAAAUGGCCGGUACGAUACGCCACACUCGAUACUGAUUUUGCAGGGUUAUGUAUGUGUUUUAGUCUUUAAGUUUUGCACUCGUUCGCCUCACCUACCAUUGGAUUGCCAUUGUUUUCUUAUUAACUUGAUGUACAUGCUUUGGCAGAUGAUCCAUCCACCCAU